GUUGAACUUUGAUACUAUAAUUAGAGUGAUUUUAUCACAAAUUUUAUUUACCAAUGAAAAUAAAAUAAUACAAGAUCAUCAGACAUCAAUUUAUAUUUUUUUUUUUCUUUUUAUAUUUGCACAACGAUUAAGUAUCAAAAAUCAUUUGUGUACGAUACUUGUUGAUAUUAUAGCAUGUAAAAGUUAAUUUUUUUAUUUCAAAAUAAAUUAUAAUAUAAAAAUAUUAAUUAAAUUUUAUUAAUGAAUAUUUAUAAUUUAAUGGAGCUAAUAAAAUUAAUUGUUACAAGUAUUCGUGUAUUUUUUAAAAAUUUACAAAAAAAAAUUUAUCUCAAAUUAUUUGGGUCAAGUAAUACAGCAGAGAUUAAAAAUAUGACAAAUAAAGAAAAUCAAGUGAGAGUACUCACUUUAAAUCAAGGAGAACAUCAAGAUGGUAUACUCUACAGAGUUAAAAAAAACUGGCAAAUUGAGUUUCGUGUUGGUCCAUCAUUGCUGGGAAAACAUUUGCAAUUAUUUACAAAUCAUCCAAUUCAAUCUGAUAAAAUAUUUGAUAGAAACACGUAUUACGAGUUAAAAUGGAACAGUGAUGAAUCAGCAUUAUUGCAAAUAAAUAAUUCAGGAUCAUUUCAUUAUUACAUCAAAGAUCCAAGUGAUAAUAAACCAUUAGCAUCUGGCUAUAUUUUGGUUGAACCAGAAUUACAAUUAAAAAAUACAAAUGAAAUAUUACCUCUUGAUUGUAUUCAAUGUCAAACAGUACUGUCAAAAAAUUUGGGUCCAUUCUCAACAUGGGAAGAAAAAUUAUUGGUAUCAAAAAAUUCUGGCUACAAUAUGAUACACUUUACACCAAUUCAAGAACUUGGUGGUUCACAAUCAGCAUACAGUCUUUGUGAUCAAUUAAAAUUAAAUUCAUCUUUUAAUAAUGAUAAUGAUUCAUCAACGACCUUCAAUGACAUUGAAAAUUUAACACAAAAAAUGCGUAAUGAAUGGAAUGUAUUAUCAAUUUGUGAUAUUGUACUUAAUCAUACUGCUAAUGAAAGUCCAUUUCUUGUAUCACAUCCAGAAUGUACAUAUAAUUGUGCAAAUAGUCCGCAUUUACGACCAGCAUAUCUUCUUGAUGCUGUUCUAUUUGAAUUGACAAUACAAGUUGCUGCUGGUGAUUGGGAACAUAAAGGUAUUCCAACAGUUGUUGAUACUGAAGAACAUUUAAAUUCAAUACGUCAUGCACUUCAUACAUAUUUUUUACCACUUGUUAAAAUUCAUCAACUCUAUAAUUUAAGUGUUGAUGAAGUUGUUGCUGAUUUUUUAAAUUUAGCACGUACAAAAAUACCACAAGAUACACAAUCAUCAAAUGGUAUUAAAACAAUUAAAAUUAUUCAAGAUAAAGAAUACAGAAGAUUAAAAGCAAGUAUUGAUAUGGAACUUGCAUUGAGUAUUUAUAAUAUAUAUAGAGUUGAUUGUUUUGAUGAAGAAACACGUCUUAAACGUUGUGCUGAAGAAUUUCGUUGUAAAAUUGAAGAACUAAGUAAUGAAAUUAAUAAUGAAAUUAAUAAUCAUUUAAAUGCAGCUGUUGAAAAUACAAUUGCUGGUAUACGUUAUUUUAGAGUACAACAUGAUGGACCAAAAAUUAAAGAAAUAAGCGUGAGAAAUCCACUUGUUCCAAGAUAUUUUACUGAUUAUGGUACAUCACUUAGAACUCUUGUUGAACGUGAAUCAGAUAUGUAUAUUGAGACAAAUGGUUGUUAUUUAAUGGCUCACAAUGGUUGGGUUAUGAAUAGUGAUCCAUUAAAAAAUUUUGCUGAUCAAGAUUCAACAGUUUAUAUAAGACGUGAAUUAAUUGCUUGGGGUGAUAGUGUUAAAUUAAAUUAUGGUAAUAAACCAGAUGAUUGUCCAUUUUUAUGGAAACAUAUGUCAUCAUAUGUUGAACAAACAGCACGUAUUUUUGAUGGUAUACGUUUGGAUAAUUGUCAUUCAACACCAAUACCAGUUGCUGAAUAUAUGCUUGAUGUUGCACGUCGUGUACGUCCAGAUCUUUAUGUUGUUGCUGAAUUAUUUACAAAUUCUGAUCAAAAAGAUAAUUUAUUUGUUAAUAGAUUGGGAAUAACAUCAUUAAUACGUGAAGCAAUGUCUGCUUGGGAUAGUCAUGAAGAAGGAAGAUUAAUAUAUCGUUAUGGUGGUGAGCCAGUUGGUGCAUUUUAUCAAUCAAAUUAUCGUCCACUUGUACCAAGUAUUGCUCAUGCAUUAUUUAUGGAUCAAACUCAUGAUAAUCAAAGUCCAAUUGAAAAACGUAGUAUAUUUGAUCUUUUACCAUCAUCUGCACUUGUUUCUAUGGCAUGUUGUGCAUCUGGUAGUAAUCGUGGCUAUGAUGAACUUGUUCCACAUCAUAUUCAUGUUGUUGAUGAAAAACGUCAAUAUACUGCAUGGACCGAGAAUGACAAUGAUAUUUUAAAUAAUCAAAAAUAUGUCAAUAAUAAAACAGGAAUAAUAUCAGCAAAACGUAUAUUAAAUAAUCUUCAUUAUACACUUGGUAAAGAAAAAUAUUCACAAGUUUUUGUUGAUCAAAUUGAUACGGAUAUUGUUGCUGUAACACGUCAUUCACCAGAUACACAUGAGAGUGUAAUACUUGUUGCUUUUACAGCAUUUAAUCAUCCUGAUUCAAAUGCCAAUGAUUUAAGAAGAAAUGUUAAGCCAUUAAGAGUUGAAGGAGUUGUUGAAGAAAUUAUAUUUGAAGCUUCAUUGUCAUACAAAGAUACUCAAGGUAAUAUUAAUAAUUCACCAUUUCAUUAUCCAGAUAAACAUGAAAAAAAUCAAGAUUAUAUAAAUGGACUUGGUAAUAAUUAUAUUGUUAAUAUUAAAGAACAUAUACAAAUACCAGAUUCUUCAAUACUUGAAAAAGUUGAUUCUGGUGAUAUGAAAAUAACACAAUUAAAUUUUGUAAAUCUUCAACCAAGCUCGGUAUUUGCAAUUCGUGUAUCAGUACAUGGUAAUAUUAAACCAUCACUUGAUAAACUUCAUAAUACAAUUUUAUCAAUAAAUAAAAAUAGUGAAAAAAAUGAAAUACAAACAGAAUUUCAACAAAUAUUAUCACAAAUUGAUUUGUCAGAUAUGAAUAAAGUAUUGUAUAGGUGUGAUGAAGAAGAACGUGAUGAAACAGCGAAUAAAUUUGGUGUAUAUAAUAUUCCUGGUUAUGGACCACUUGUUUAUGCUGGAUUACAGGGUGUCAUUUCAUUAUUGGCUGAUAUACGUCCAAACAAUGAUCUUGGUCAUCCUCUUUGUGAUAAUUUACGUAAUGGAAAUUGGUUAAUUGAUUAUACUUGGCAACGUUUAAAAUAUUACAAAGGUACUUAUGCACUUGGUGCUUGGUUGGAACAAGCAUGUGAACCAUUUAAAUCAAUUCCAAGAUAUUUGGUACCAAGUUAUUAUGAUGUUUUUAUUGUAAAUAUUUACAUGAAUCUAUUGGAUCAUUGUUACUUAAAAAUGUCAAGUUUUGUUCAAAAUAGUUCAACAUUUGUCAAACUAAUGUCACUAGUUUCAGUUCAAGUUGGUGGAAUUGUUAAAUCAGCUCAACUUCCAGAUUUAUCACCAUUUUUAGCUGAUCCAAAGCCAAAAAUAAUUAAAAAUAUUAAAAAAAAUAAUGAUGAUAUUGAAGAAGAACAAGAUGAACAAGCUUGUCUUACCCUAUCAGCUGGUUUACCACAUUUUGUUGUUGGUUACAUGAGAAAUUGGGGAAGAGAUACAUUUAUAGCAAUACGAGGUAUGUUAUUGUUAACUGGUCGUCAUGAUGAAGCAAGAUAUAUUAUUCUUGGUUUUGCUGGUACAUUGAGACAUGGUUUAAUACCAAAUUUACUUGACAAAGGAACAAAUGCAAGAUUUAAUUGUCGUGAUGCUGUUUGGUGGUGGCUCAAUGCAAUUCAAGCAUACGUACAAGAAGUUCCAGAUGGCAUUAAAAUAAUGUCUGAUAAAGUUUCAAGAUUAUAUCCAACUGAUGAUUCACCAGCUCUUUCAGCUGGUCAAGUUGAUCAACCUUUGUAUGAUGUUAUACAAGAAGCAUUAACUGUACAUUUUCAAGGUUUAUGUUUUCUUGAAAGAAAUGCAGGAAAACAAAUUGAUGAACACAUGAUUAAUCGUGGUUUUAAUAAUCAAAUUGGUGUUAAUCCAGAUACUGGAUUUGUAUUUGGUGGUAAUGAGGCAAAUUGUGGUACAUGGAUGGAUAAAAUGGGAUCAUCUGAAAAAGCUGGUAAUAAAGGAAAACCAGCAACACCACGUGAUGGUUCAGCUGUUGAAAUUGUUGGUUUAAGUAAAGCUGCUAUAACAUUUAUUGCUGAAUUAUAUAAACAAAAUUUAUUUCCAUAUGGUAGUGUACAAAGAAAUAAUCGUGAUGGUAGUACAGUAACAUGGAGUUACAAACAAUGGGCUGAUAAAAUACAAGAUAAUUUUGAAAAAUAUUUUUAUGUUGAAUUGGAAGAAGGUAUUGAGGGAGAAGUUGAUACUGAAUUUAUUCAUCGACGUGGAAUAUAUAAAGAUUGUCAUGGAGCAACUCAACAAUGGUCAAAUUAUCAAUUAAGACCAAAUUUUCCAAUUGCAAUGGUUGUAGCACCAGAACUUUUUAAUCCUCAGCAUGCUUGGAAUGCAUUAAACAAAGCAGAAGAAAUUUUACUUGGUCCACUUGGUAUGAAAACACUUGAUCCAGCUGAUUGGGCAUACGAUGGUAAUUAUGAUAAUUCAAAUGAUUCUUGUGAUCAAAAAUUAGCACAUGGAUGGAAUUAUCAUCAGGGUCCUGAAUGGAUUUGGCCAAUUGGUUAUUUUCUUCGUGCGCGUCUUUAUUUUGCUUCUCUAGUUGGUGGUAAUAAACAGCUACGAAAAACAAUUGAAUCAACAGAAGCAAUAUUAUCAAAACAUUUGAUUGAAGCAUCAACAAAUCACUGGCGUGGUCUUCCAGAAUUAACAAAUAAAGAUGGUAAAUAUUGUCAUGAUAGUUGUCGUACACAAGCAUGGAGUUCAUCAACAAUUAUUGAGGUACUUCAUCAACUUGAAAUACUUAAAAGUGAUCUACCAAAUAUUAAUAAUAUUAAUAUUGUCAAUUGAUAUAACUGUGCGUGUGUUGAACAUUGUUAUUUAGAUAUUUUUAAACACUCAAAACUAGAUAAUAGCAGUUUAGUUAAUGAAAAUACGAAUCUCACAAUAGAAUCAUCACCAAAUUUUAAUAAAACACACGCAGUUUAUAAUACUCUUGGAGGUGUGAUUAAUAGUAAUUGUAAUAAUAUGAUUAUUCAUGCAAGUAGUAGCACAAGUUUAACAGCACUUAUUGAUAAAUAUAAUAUUUAUAAUAAUGAUCAUAUCUAUGAAGAAAUUAAGGAAAAAAAAGACGAAAAAAUUUGUAUUAAAUGCAAUAUGAUUGUGGAUGAUAAACCAUCAGUUGUAUACAGUGAUCGAUUAAUUUAUAAAAAAAAAUAUCUAAAUACACAAGAUGUAUUUUUGGGACAAAUUGGAAAUGAUUUACAACAAAUGUUUUUUCGUUUUAACAAUAACGAGCAUGAUGUUGAUUAUAUGCCAGCUAUAUUUUAUAAUAAAACAAAUAAAACUGGAAUACUCGAAUCUACAAAUAAAAAUCGUUAUGAUAAUAAUGAUUUAACAAAAAAUUUAAUAUCAGGUAUUGAAAUUCUUGAUGAUAAUGUUAAGAAUAUAUUUUUAAAUACCGAAUUAUAUCAUCGAACUGAAAUGAAUUAUCAUUUUCGAAUGUCAAACAUUUUCAUUAACGAACCAAUGAUUUUUCAAGAAACUCAGAAUAAAUUUUCAUUUUAUUAUAACAAAAAUAAUAAUAAUGAAUUACGAUUAUCAUCAUCAAUGAGAAAACAAUAUCAUCGUUCAAGUCUUUUACUUCUUGAGCCACUUUUAAUGAUAUCAAGCAGCUUUUCCAAACAAGAAAAUAAAAUAAAUCGUAAUCGUGUAACGACAAAUAACAAUAAUAUAACUCUUGCACAUAUUAUUAUCGUAUAUACACUUUCAUUUUUUCUUUUACUUAUUUUCACAAUUUACACAUUACAUGAUUAACUAAUAAUUUCAAUGAAUAUUAAUUAAUACUGUUAUUUCUAUUUGAUUUGUUUAAACAUUUUAUUUAAUAUUUUCAAAUUUAUAAUUAUAUUUUGUUUAACAUAAAAUUCUCUUUAUUGACUUUGUUAAAUUUUAUAAUAAUAUCAUGAUAAACAAAAAUAAUAAAAAUGAUUGUAUUUUUGUACUAACAAAAAAAUUUAUUAACCAUUUAAAAUUGUCUCAUAUAUUGUGACAAUUUAUUUACCUUUCAGGUAUAAUAAAAUAAAUAUUUUUAUCAAAAAAAAAACAAAAAACAAAAGAAAAAAUAGAACGAGACAUUGAUUUUCAUAAUUUUUUUUUUUGUUAAUAAUUGAUCUAAAUGAUUUUAUCUCUAGCAUGUUAUAAGUUAGAACAAAAAAUAUUCUGGAAUGUACAAAACAUGCAUGAAAAAAA